AGUUGAGUCGCACGCUUCUUAGCGCACCACUCGCACGCUUCUUACCUUUUUCCGGUGCCUAGAAUCGAGCAGGAAAGCGCCGCCACCCGACUCUCCUCCCAUGGCCGCGAACCCAUCAUACGAGGCGGUGGAUUUCGAGCCCGACGAGGAUGAUCUCAUGGACGAGGACGGCGCAAUCGAGGCGGAGGCCUCGCCGGCGGCGCCGCCUGCCCCGCGUCUGAGGUCUGCUAUUACUGGCGGCGCUGGAGACUCGUCCGGCGUGCCAAGGAAGACCAAGGGGCGAGGGUUCAGAGAGGCCGAGGCUGAGGCCGAACGCACCCGUCGGUUCGCCGCCAAGGAUUUCGAAUCCCUUGGCUCUGGCGGCGGACCUGGCCCGCAGCGAUCCAUAGAGGGUUGGAUUGUGUUGGUUACUGGAGUUCAUGAAGAAGCACAAGAAGAAGAUCUUCAUAAUUCCUUUCGUGAGUUUGGUCAGGUCAAGAAUUUGCAUCUGAAUCUUGAUCGUCGUACUGGUUAUGUCAAGGGUUAUGCUCUGAUUGAAUAUGAGAAAUAUGAGGAGGCAAAAAGUGCAAUUAAUGCAUUAAAUGGAACUGAGCUCUUUACUCAAACUAUUUAUGUUGAUUGGGCGUUUAGCAAUGGUCCUAUCAUGCGCAGGCCGAUGAGGCGGAGAUCAAGGAGCCCUAGGAGGAGAUAUGCAUGAGAAAGGAGAGCCACAAACUACUUAGAAGAUGUUGAGCGAGAGGAAUCCUCAUUUUGUGGUUAAAUUUACUGUUUGUUUUGACUGUGGAUGAAAGUGCUAUUUUCUUCACUUGAUGAAUUGAUGAACUAUUAUUGUAUUUCUCUUCUGUUCCUGCUUACAAUAUUUAACAAGUCUGAAAAUUUUCUUUUUUAUUUAUUUUUGCUGGUUUUCCUAAUGAA